UGCUGCUCUGGAGGGAAGUGCAGCUGUGCAGAGCAGACAGACCGAGGCGCGACGUGGAAAGCCAGAAUGUCAACUUAUCUCCUUCAAUGCAACGAAUUCUCUCCAGCGACAGCAUGAGAACCGGAUCUGAGAGCAGGAUCUAACGCUAACAUGUAACAUGUCUGCAAACUGAGUCUCCACCUGAGUGAGGAACUACCUAUAGUCGCCAUGGACGGCGGGUUGACUAUCACUUUGAUAUCAGUUGCGAUGUUUGUAGGUUGUUUUUUACUUGGAUUCAUCCCACUGUUGUUCAGACUCUCUGAGAAAAGCCUCCAGUUUGUCUCCAUCCUGGGGGCAGGACUCCUGUGUGGGACAGCACUGGCUAUAGUCAUCCCAGAGGGAGUGGGCUUACUGGAAGAGUCAUGGAGAGCCUCCUCCUCCUCCUCUGAUGUACCAUCCGGCCUGAAUGCCAGUGAUACGAAUGCAACUUCCACAGAAAGGGGCCCGCCGCCUCGGUUAUUCAUCGGGGUGGCUUUAACGUUCGGGUUCACCCUCAUGUUUGUGGUGGAUCAGAUUGGAAGUUACCUUUCCAUGCGUGGCAAGUUUGCAGAGCUCUCACACCAGUUUCAUUUUUGUCUCAUUUCAGGCCAAACGAACCGUGUUGGCAUCACGGCCACUUUGGGGCUGGUGAUUCACGCUGCAGCUGAUGGAUUUGCUCUGGGUGCUGCUGUGGCCACGGGGCAGGUGACAGUGCAAGUGAUAGUGUUUUUUGCUGUCAUUCUACACAAGGCUCCUGCAGCUUUUGGUUUGGUCUCCUUUCUGAUGCACGCAGGCCUUGAAAAGAAGUACAUUCAGGGACAUUUGUUGGCUUUUUCUGCUGCUGCACCUAUAGUUGCCAUCCCCACGUACUUCAUACUACACGCAUCUGCCAGUUCAUAUCAGAGCCAGCUCAGUGCGACCGGCGUGGGAAUGCUCUUCUCCGCCGGGACUUUCCUCUACGUGGCCACAGUGCAUGUUCUCCCUGAGAUCAGCAGCAGCAGGACAGGCCAGCCCGCCUCCGACCUCCAGCAGCCCCCCGGAGCCGAGGCCCACCAGCAUUUACACCUGGGGCUCCUGGAGAGCCUCACUCUCAUCCUUGGGAUCGGGCUCCCGAUGGUGCUCGCUCUUGGGCUGCAUGACGACUGAAAAAGAAAUGCCAGGGCAGUUAAGUGUGGCGCUAAGGGCCGCUGUGCCUGAGGGGAAAACUGAGCUUCUGUCUAAUAUACUGUACAGUGUAAACUACUGGGAUAGAACAAUGAUGGAGCGGACAACAUGUGCCUUGAAGGAGAGCUUACCUUGGUCCAGCUAUUGUUUGUGUAUCAAAGAGCUUUCCAGUAUGUGCAACGAAUUUGAUAGCUAAUAUAUUGUCCUCAGUGGACUGAUUUUCCAUUCCAAGGUAUAAUUUGUUGCCAAGUUUGAAUUCAGUAAGCCCUCUUGGGGCUCUUUUAUUAUGUCUGACAAAGAUACCGAGGACAUGGCUUUUUUGAAGGUGGAAAUCCCAGUAACUUGAUAGAAUUACAGGAACAAUCAAAUAAUCUGUUACCCAAACAAUAGGAGAUCUAGGUUGUACAUUUUAAAAUAAUGUCUUCCUUGUUUGUACAGUCUGGAGCUUGAAACCAGCUCCAGACUUUUAGUCCAUGAAUGUGCAAUAGUGCAGAUAAUCAAGACAAAGGAUGUGAUAUCCUUGUGAUUUUGUGCAGUGGUGUAAUUUGUUUCAUAGUACAGCGGAUGUGAGGAGGAACAUCAGCAGCAAUAAGUAGGAAGUCCAGCAGCUCCUGUUAAAUGAUGUGAGUCUAACAGAAACAGGUGACUGACAGCAGAUACAGAACAUAACUGUAUCAUGUUAACUUUAUUUGUUAUCUAUUUGCUAAUGACCCCUGUUGUUUCUCUCUCCUUUUUAGCAUGUGCAAAUUAAAAAAUGUAUUUCAUUUUAUGAUAGCUUA